AUGUUUUCGUUAUUCCUAUCAUCUUUUUUUCCAUUUCUAAUUUUAUUUCUAAUUCAUCAAACAAAUUGUACAAAUGUUACUUUUGUUCCACGACCAAUUCGUAUAACAAUUGCAAGUCUUCCACGACCCUAUGCGUCAUCAUCAGCGUCUAAACCACCUCAGGUCAUUUCAGUACCUGCAAAUCCUCGUCUCUAUGUUCCUCGUGGAUUCACUGUCAAGUUAUUUAUGAGUGGACUCACAGCACCACGUUAUCUUAUUUAUACACCUACAAAUGAUAUCCUUGUCAGUGAAUCUAGUAUUGAUCGUAUUUCUUGUCUGGUCGAUAAUGAUCACAAUGGUUAUCCAGAUCAACGUUUAACAUUUGCUGAUGCAUCUAAUGGACUCAAUUAUCCAUUUGGUAUGGCUUUUUUCAAUGGAUAUUUUUAUGUGGGUAAUCGAGAUGCUGUUCGACGUUAUUCUUGGACUAGAGGAAGUCGACGAAUUAGAGGUACAGGUCAAGUAAUAAUGACUUAUCCUCAACAUGGCCAUUCAACACGAACUAUUGCUAUAUCACCUACUGGUAAUCAAAUAUUUGUUAGUAUUGGUUCAGCAUCAAAUGUUGCUGUUGAAUCAUUACCACGAGCUUCUAUUCAGCAAGCUAAUAUCAAUGGUCGUAAUAGAAAAACAUUUGCUUAUGGUCUUCGAAAUGUUGUUGGUUUAGCAUUUCAUCCAAUAACUAAUGAUCUUUAUGCAACAUGUCAAGAAAGAGAUGCACUUGGUGAUGAUCUUGUACCUGAUUUUUUUUCACGUAUUCGACAGAAUGAAUUUUAUGGAUGGCCUUUUGCUUAUUUGAGUUCAAAAUUAACUGAUCCUAGACGACGCCUAAGUAAUGGAACAAGUGAAAGACCUGAUCUAGUAUCACGAACCCGAACACCUGAUGUACUUUUUCAAGCUCAUUCAGCAGUACUUGAUAUGAGAUUUUAUACAGGAAAACAAUUUCCUAGUCCAUAUCGAAAUGGUGCUUUUGCAGCAUUCCAUGGUUCAUGGAAUCGAAACCGCGGAACUGGUUAUAAAAUUAUCUUUAUUCCAUUCAAUCGUAGUACUAAUCGACCAAUGGGUUACUAUGAAGAUUUUGUUUAUGGAUUUCUAACUAAUCCAUCUGGACCCGAUGCAUUUGGACGGCCAGUUGGUUUACUUGUUCUAAAAGAUGGUAGCCUUUUAUUUUCUGAAGACGGAAACAAUCGUCUUUAUCAAGUACAAUACAAACCAUAA